AUGUACUUCCAGACGCUUCCUCAAGAGGUGGUGGCCAAGAUCCUCGACAUCGUGCGCCUCACGGAGCCUCGCUGGACUGAAUUCCUGAAGCAGCGCCUUGUCUGUCGACGCUUUGAUGAUCAGAUCUCGCGUUUCAUUCUGAAAUAUUCCAAGCCACUGGCCUUGGACAUUGGCCGCAGACACAACUGGCGGCCAGGCAUCGAAUGGAUGCUCACCACCAAGGCCAGAGUGCAUCUCAGAGACAUCACGGGGCCCUUCGCGUUCAUCCACGAUGCCGCGGCCUAUCUGGUGGAGAAGAACUUGAUCCCCGACCUCAAGCCCGACGAUGCCGUUGUCGCUGCCUGUCGCGCCGUUGUCGCUGCUCACGAUCCCAGCUGGGUCAUCAACCACCUGGUUACCUGGGAGCCCGGCGAUUUCCUGCCAGCGAGUCUCUUGCUUCUGGGAACCUACAUUCGCAGACCACCGAAUAUGGUAGUGGGGUUCAACUGUGACGUUCUGUUCGGCACGCUCCAGCUGCUGCUCGCCCAUGGGAAUGCCUUGGCUAUCGAGCACUUCAUCAGGAGCAGUGGCCUGAGCAAGGAGGAUCUGCGGUUUGUCCACCCUGCUUUCGGGGCGGUCCUCUCUGCUGCUAUUAUAUUCGCACGAGACAUUGCAAUCUUCACGCUCCUAGAGUAUGGGACUGACACGACCGUCGUGACGGCUGAUGGCAAGAUGAAGAAUGCCCUGUUGUAUGCCUGCGAGAUGAACCGAAAAACGGCAGCCUACAUGCUCCUGGAAGUCCCGUGUGACGUGCAGGUCAACUUCCAAGAUGAGCUCGGGCACUCUGCCUUGAACUGGGCUGCUCGGAGAGGAUGGGCAGAAGUUACUGAAGCGCUUCUGGCCAGGGACGACAUCGACCUGACUCUCGCAACGAGGUGGGGAGAAACCCCGAUGGGCGCAGCAGCGAGGCGGGACCACGAGGAGAUCGCGCGGCUCAUCCUGGACAAGACAGGCGGCAAGCCUCCGAUGGCAUCAAAUUCGCGGUACUCACCCAUGUGGCUUGCUUUUGAACGUGGCUCAACCAACGUCGUGCGCCUGUUCCUGGAGAGACUUGGGACCGACUUCAAGGUCAACAAAGUCAUGCGCAAAGGAUUUACACCUCUCACCUUGGCAGCGAGCAAAGGCUAUACGUCCAUCGUUCGUAUGCUCCUCGCCCUUCCCAACGUCAACCUCGAAAAGCCGAUGGUCAAACAAACCCUCACGCCCCUUCUGCUCGCUUGUGCCAACGGCCAUGCAGUGAUCGCCCGCCUGCUGCUCGACCGUGGGGCAGAUAUCACUCGCAAGGGUUUUGGCAGACUGCCCUUCCAGAUAGCGAUGGACAACGGACACACCGACGUGUUCGAGCUCCUGAUUGACGAUACAGUUGGAUCAAACGACGAAGCCCGGACGGCUCUGCUCUGGCUUGCUGUGGAAACGCGGAAUGAGAUAGGGAUUGUGAAGAAGCUCCUUGCUUCUGCUCAAUUUCGCGCAAAUCGCCGUGAUCAAUUAGGCAGGCUCUUGGUUCACUCGGUAGUAUAUGGCAUCGUCGAGGUCGUACGGGAGUUGCUGUCUCAUGACGACGUUGAUCCCAACUUCACCAGAGGUUUUCCGUCGGACAAGACACCGUUACUCAGGGCAAUAUACUGCCCAGCCCCAACAGAAAUCAUCCCGAUUAUCCUGGCUCGAAGACAAGUGGACGUCAACAAAGUGACAAGUGGAGGAACAGCCUUGGCAUCGGCAGCUGCUCGGGAGGCAUUGUCUGCCAUUGCCGUUUUGUUGAAGCAUCCAGGCAUCGAUGUGAACUUCUGCCCGACGCAAUCAGUGGGCGCCAACAAAUACUUCCGUUUGAACCAGCCUCGCUGCUUCUCCCCUUCGAGGAAACCACCUUUCAGACUUUUCUCGAAAGACAACAUCUCCCGGAUGGAGCCGCCCCUCCUGGUUGCAGCCUCGGAGCGCAAUAUUGAAUCAGUCAGACUGCUCUGCGAGGAUCCUAGGGUUAACCUGGGCAUCAGGGACAGUUUUGGCAGAACUGCACUCUGGUGGGCGGUUCGACAUGCUAACCGUAGAAUGGUCGUUCUCAUUCUGAAAUCCCCACGGAUGACGGAGGAAGUCAUCAAUGCUCAGGAUGAACAGGGCUGGACCGCGUUGCAUGUCGCCGCGAACUUUGGCCUUCAUAAAAUUGUCUAUAAGCUGCUUGAGCGAUCGGACAUUGAUCCCAAUCUGCGUAUUUCAGACGGCUGGACAGCCUUGCAUAUGAGCGCGGGAAACUGCAACAAGAAAGUUACGCGACUGUUACUCGGCCACCCAAAGAUUGAUACAAGCAUCAAGUUGGAUGAUGAUCGGACGCCGUUUGGUCUUCAUCAGGGAUGUGAAUGUGGUCUUCAAUCGCUGGACCCAGAAGGGCUGGGGGAACAUGGUUUGGAACAAGAAUUAUCAAAUAGCGAGGGCGAAGCUGUGAGUAACAGGAGGGAUGCCAUGGACAUAUCAGAAUGA